GAUGCCGGCUGCUGUCUUGGCUUUCAACCUGAAACUAUAGACUGAAACUGAAUAAUCCCGGCGAUGGCGAACAUAGUGCAGUACAUCGUUGUGCGCAGCGAUUUGCGUGCGACACUCAACUGGCCACUCGGAGCAGUCAUCGCUCAGUGCUGCCAUGCCACAGCGGCGGUAAUGAGCGUGCACGCCGAAGACGCCGACACGGUGGCGUAUCUGAAGGACUUGGACAACAUGCAUAAGGUGGUGCUGGAGGCCAAAGACGAGGCGGCGCUGAUUAAACUAAGCGAAAAGCUGAAGGAGAACGAAAUAAAACACAAGCUGUGGAUCGAACAGCCGGAGAACAUUCCCACUUGUAUUGCCGUGAAGCCGUACAUUAAGGAAACCGUACACAAAUAUGUGAAGCAUUUGAAGCUAUUGAAGGAGUGAGAGCUCCUCUAUGUAAGCACGUUUUUUAAUUAUCUGUCCUUUUAUGAAUAAUCAGAAAUGCUACUCAAAUGA